GAUCUCUGGUCCAGCAUCGUCCCUCCCACUCUGUCUCCAUCUCUCCUCUCAGAUGUGCGAUCUUCUGCAGUGCUACUUCAGCUGAACUGAGCAAGCGGAGGGAGGUGCUCGAUUUUCCUCUAACGUAAGUUGAAUGGCCCUUUCUCCAUCAUGAUCAAGUCCCUGUUUGUUUAUGGAAUGGUGGGAGCGCUGCUGUUGCUGCCAGUCCAACCAGAUCAGAUCUCUGUAUGUGUUGAAGAUGAUGAAGACCUGAGAGUAGACUGUAUGAUCAAGCCAGCUCCUAACAAAAUCAACAGCUAUGAGUUUUCAUGGUCCUCGGGAACCAAGGAGGUUUUAAUCAACACCAAUGUGUCUGGGUCUAAAGCCGAGGCUCAGUUUAAUGAUAAAAGCCAAGUGGUGGAACUGGAGCCUCACGGCUACAGGAUGACCCUGUCUGACUUCAAAGACAAGCUCCCACCCAACACCACCUACAUGUGCAAAAUAUAUGGGGAAAUGAAACAAAUCACAGUGGAGAAAGAUUCCCUGGUGCCAUGCUCAGCAGUGAGCGUGUUUCUGCAGAGAUCCUGGUUCUUGAUUGGCUGCCUGGUCUUUUUCCUUCAUCACAAUGACAGCUGAUGGCACUGAGAAGAGAACAGUCAGGCUUUUGCAGAUACUCACUAAGCUAAGCACUUUCGCUUCUGUCACAGAAUAGAUCUCUCUUCCUUCUGUAAAAAACACUGGUAAAUGUUUCCACUGUAGACGAUUUAAAUGUUUAGGAGCUGAGAGCUGUGAGUACUGAAUGUAAAUUAACCAUUAGUAGAAAUGAAAGUGCAGCUUUUUCGUCGAGGGAGACAGUCUAAUGGCAGACUAAGAGAUGCAGUUGCUGACUUAUUAAUGAGGUAUUAUUGAUUUUAUGUUUUCUUUUCUUUUACAUUAAAAAGCACUAAUAGUUUUUGUGGCCUUUUCCUCACUGCAAAAGCAGCAAAUUGAUUGUGUUCUUGUUUGCUUGUUAAUAAAAGAAGAGCUCUGUGAA